CGCGCGCUUCAACGAAAGCGCAGCAGCUGGACACCGAUAAUUUGUCGCAAGAGCGACAAAUAGGGACUAGAGCCUUUUCCUCUCCUCUCCCUGUUCUACAGUGUUCGAGAGAGGUGAAACACAAACUCUUCUCGUUCCCCUUUCCACCGACGGCCAGAUCCGCGGUCUCUCUCCUCUCCGGCCGCCAUUCCGGUGGUGGGAGAGUGGAGGGGCCCGGGUUCUGUGCCUUAGGUGUGUUUAUAGUAGCUUAGGUCUUCCCGGUGGCAGCGGUGGGGUGGUGCCGGCGUCGCGUCUGUGGAAUAAAGGUUCAGCUGCUCGUCUUCCACCUCGGCACCGUAUUCUGGGGCGAUGUCGUCGAGCGGCCGUCGUAGGGUGCUCGUCGAUCUAUGGAUUUGGCGGGCUUCGGUGGCCUGGGCUAGGUCGUGGCGGCGGAGGUGACGACCUGGCUGUGGCUUUUUUGUCCCCUGUCUCCGACUUCGCGGCGGUGAGGUGGGCUCCGGCCUCACAGUGGAGUUUCUGGGGGUGGUUCUGGAGUUGGAGACGCCGGUGCGCGUCCUUGCUUUCUCUGGCUGGCCGUGGUGGCAGGGGGAGGAGCAGGCGUGCCUGCGCGCUGGACAAGGUUUCUGGAAGCGACGACCUUGGGUUGCGGCUUAUGGUGGAGGAUCUGGCCGUCUUUUGCUGGGCGGUGUGGCUUCGUCCCCAGAUCCGGAGCGGCGGAAGCUCGGUGAGCGCUCUCGUUAGUGGGAGAUGUCGCCGGCCGUGUUCCUUCUCGGUUUCAAGAUCCAACUCUGAGGAGUUGGUGGCUACUGCGGCUCAACAACGCCAUCUGGCAAGGGGCUUCUUCACCUCCAAGGACAAGACAUCUGCAACAAGCUGUUCUCCCAUCGGCCAUUCCGGCGCCGGUGAUGGAUCCAGCUGUGUUGCGGUUGCAAUGAACACGAAGAAGAUAAGGGACCUGGGUGUAGUUUCUUAUUUCUUCAGGGUCCUUUUUCGUAGUUUUGGUGGGGUCUGUUGUUUCCUGUUCCCUGUCUUUGCUUCUGUAUUCUCUCGGAUGUGUAUUGUCUGUUUCCUUAACAUGAAUACAGCGUAGCGCAUGCCUUCGGGUGUAUGUUUUCAAAAAAAAAAAAGAGCGGCAAAUAGGGAUUUCCCUCGCGAAACGUUCGCUCGAUAAGAUUCCCCCUAACGGCCCCACCGCCCAACAACAGGCCAAGGCCCAGUACCUCUGAGUCUCUCUGACGGCCCAUCCGGAACCCUGACGGGCUGGCCCCACGCGAGCCCUCCUACCCUCUCGUCUUCGGUCUUGGAGCACAAGAUGAACGCCGCACCGCACCACGCCAACAAAAGGAGGAAAACAGCACGCCCGAACCCUACUACUGCUACGGGCACGCACCACUAGCACACCCCGCAUCGUCGCCGGAUCGGAAGAGCAGGGGGGAGAGCCGAGGAGGAAGAAGGCCGAGGAUGUUCCGCAACCAGUACGACACCGAUGUCACCACCUGGAGCCCGCAGGGGCGGCUGUUCCAGGUGGAGUACGCCAUGGAGGCGGUGAAGCAGGGCUCGGCCUGCGUCGGCCUCCGCUCCGCCACCCACGCCGUCCUCGCCGCCGCCAACAAGUCCGCCAACGAGCUCUCCUCCCACCAGCGCAAGGUCUUCCGCGUCGCCGACCACGCCGGGGUCGCGCUCGCCGGCCUCACCGCCGACGGCCGCGUCCUCUCCCGCUUCCUCCGCAACGAGUGCAUCAACCACGCCUUCGUCUACGACGCGCCGCUCCCCGUCUCCAGGCUCGCGCUCCGCCUCGCCGACAAGGCGCAGGUUUGCACACAGCGUUCAUGGAAGAGGCCCUAUGGUGUCGGUCUCCUUGUUGCGGGUCUAGAUGAGUCUGGAGCCCAUCUCUACUACAACUGCCCCAGUGGGAACUACUUUGAGUACCAGGCAUUCGCCAUUGGCUCCCGCUCCCAGGCAGCGAAGACUUACCUCGAACGCAGAUUCGAGAAAUUCAACGCCUACACCCCGGACGAGCUCAUCAAGGAUGCGCUCUCAGCCAUAAAGGAGACCCUCCAAGGUGAGAAGCUGACCAGCUCCAACUGCACCAUUGCCAUUGUCGGCAGAACGGAGGAUGGCACCGUCGAGCCCUUCUCCAUGAUUGACUCCAAGAGGAUCCAGGAAAUCAUCGACUCCAUGGAGGCCGCCGAUGAGGCGCCAGCGGCCGACGCCCCUGCUGAAUCAAGCUCGAUGCAGGAGGACAGGGGCGAUGCGCCUGCGGCAGGGGAUGCCCCAGCAGCGGAUGAGCCGGCAGCACCGGACGCACCGGCGCCCAUGGACAUCUAGGCGUCUUCUGAUGAUCUAUACAUGUCAUGUCCGUCCACCCCCAUUGCCGCAGCGCUAUUCAGAGUUUCAAAAAGACUAGACUGUUGUUUUAGAAAGGUUGCCAUCCAUUGUGUGUACUCUUUGCUUCUGUGCCACUACAGCUUUGUGGUGCCUGCGUCUGGACUGAUUGAUUUUUAUCUAUCAUGUGAUGAUGUCGCGGACAGAAUCGUCUGGUUGGGGGAACAGAUUUACGUUUUAUUUAUCAUAAAAUCCUGCUACCUGUUGGAGUGUU